ACGUGCUAGCAACAUUCUAAUGGGUUGCAGGGUGAAUAGACUCAUAUGGGCAUCAUUUCACUUCAUUCCUUGGCGAUUCAGUGCAUGGAUAGGCUGCCGCUGAAAUGAUUCCUAAGAUUUCAGAUGUUUAAUUAUUUCAAUUAACAUUAGCAUUUUAUACAAUGCAUUAGGCUGAAGUUAUUUCCCACGAAAUCUUGUACAAGGGAAUUGCAACACUUGUUUUCACAACCAAUGCUCUUGCGGGUGUUCCUCAAUCUUUGUCAUUAUUUGCUCAGUGCUUCGAGAAGAAGAUGAACGAAACAUGUAAGGUAUUCAAUCAAGAGAUAAGGUUCGACAACGGAGACGACUGGGCUUUUCAGUAGGUUAUCCUCUUUGACAUGAAAUCCAAUGUUGUGAUACAUACACUGGCUGAUAUAUAUGACGAGUCAUCCAUAUUUCGCUGUGUCUAAUUUUUCACUAGAGGGGUGAUAUAGCCUGCUCUGACGUCUGCAUCAGAUAUUGUCCAUUGCAUUUUUUUAUAGGCAUUUUUUCCUCACUGACUUUGAGUUGAGAGAAGCAAAUCUACAUCAUCAUCAGCAACAAAAGGGGAAUGAAGAUUUCUUUUUUCUUUUUUUACCCACUCCUCCCCUUUCACCCCCAAACAUUUACAGCUAAAACAAAUUCUUAAGCACAUCAUAGACUACAUUGUGGAACAAUCUCUAGCGCCGGAGCAUCGCUGGAAUCAUGACUCUUCUGCAGGUUUGGACUGGGAAAUUGCAACUGCCAAUUUAAUCAACAAGACGUUGCUGUUCCUUAUCAGACUUCUCUCAUUUUUGCUGGACUUUUUCGUUUUGAAAGAAGAAGGCUUGUUAUCACUUUUUGAAAGUCUUGUGUAGGCUGUUAUGAGCAAGAUGUCGGAUCUUCUGGUGUUGGUUGAGGGGGUCUGUGACCUGCACGGAUUUCCAUAGCUUGGGAAAACAGCUUGGACCAAUUACGAGGUUUAAACACACGCAUUUUGUAUAAAGCCAUUACAUUACUAAAUGUAUCAUAUCUUUUUUUCCAGCAAUUUAUUUUAAUUGCUUUUUUUUAAACUUUCUUUUCACAAUUUUCUUUGGACCACAGGCGGUUGGAUUAUUGAAACUAUAUAAGGAUUUGUGGAAAUGUUGGGUCCUCAAGAAGAUAAAUUAUGUGGAAUUUUCUCUGCUUUGGCGGCUCUGUCCUUCGUUUGCUUUGCUCAAAGCACCUCCAAUGGACAAACCGGAAUAUCUGUGGCCAAGGCCACCGUGGACAAGUUGCUGAAGGGGUAUGACAUCCGUCUAAGGCCUGAUUUUGGAGGUGCCCCAGUCAUCGUAGGAAUGAGCAUCAACAUCGCUAGCAUUGACUCCAUCUCAGAAGUGAACAUGGAUUACACCAUCACAAUGUAUUUCCAGCAAAGUUGGCGAGACAAGCGGUUGGCAUACGCUGAGCUGCCCCUCAACCUGACUCUGGAUAACCGCGUGGCGGACCAGCUGUGGCUCCCAGACACCUACUUCCUCAACGACAAGAAGUCCUUCCUGCAUGGCGUGACAGUGAAGAACCGUAUGAUUCGACUGCAUCCUGAUGGCACCGUGUUAUAUGGGCUCAGAAUAACCACCACAGCAGCUUGCAUGAUGGACUUGAGGAGGUACCCCCUCGACGAACAGAACUGCACCCUGGAAAUCGAAAGCUAUGGGUAUACCACAGACGACAUUGUGUUCUACUGGCAUGGAGGGGACAAUGCUGUGACGGGGGUGGACAAGCUGGAGCUUCCCCAGUUCUCCAUCGUGGCGCUUCGCCUGGUGUCCAGGGAGGUCAGGUUUACGACAGGUUCCUAUCCCAGGCUAUCACUGAGUUUCAGGAUUAAGAGGAACAUCGGCUACUUCAUCCUGCAGACAUACAUGCCCUCCAUCCUGAUCACCAUCCUCUCCUGGGUCUCCUUCUGGAUCAAUUAUGAUGCCUCUGCAGCUCGGGUGGCCCUUGGUGUUACAACGGUGCUCACCAUGACAACCAUUAACACCCACCUUAGGGAGACACUCCCAAAGAUCCCGUAUGUGAAAGCCAUCGAUGUCUACCUCAUGGGCUGUUUUGUGUUUGUGUUCCUGGCCCUGCUUGAAUAUGCCUUCGUAAACUACGUGUUCUUUGGCCGGGGCCCCCAGCAACAGAAGAAAAUCCACGAGCGGCUGAACAAAACCAACAACGAGCGCCCGCGAUACGAAGAGAAGCGCCUGAGGGAACAGGACUCCAUUGCCACGCCGUUUCAAACCAACACCCUCAGGUCAUAUACACAGAGAAGAAAUCUGUACCUCGAGGAGCAAAGAAAAGUUGGGGUGGACGCGUACGGGAACAUCCUGCUCACCACGCUGGAGAUGAAUAACGAGGUGAUGCCGUCAGAUGUGGGAAGUAGCGUCAGUGACUCCCGGAAUUCGGUGAUGUCAUUCGACAGCUCCGGGGUCCAGUUCAGGAAGCCCAUGGCUCCCCGGGACGGCUUCAGCCACCACUCACUGGACCGCAGCGCUAUGCGCAGCAGGGCCAACUGUCGGCUACGACGGCGCUCCUCCAAGCUCAAGCUGAAAAUCCCCAACCUGGCAGAUGUCAGCACCAUUGACAAAUGGUCCCGGGUCCUUUUCCCCAUCAUGUUUGGAUUUUUCAACCUAAUCUACUGGUUGUACUAUGUGAAUUGAUGUGCAUCCCACUAGGAAUCAUGGGCCAUAUUUUGAGAGCACAUUACAUUGGCUUUGAUACAGUUGGAAAAUAUGUAUACACAUAUACAAGUUGAUACAUACAGUAUGUAUAUGCAUAUUUCUAUAUAUUAUAUUUAUAUAUACACGUGUGUGUGUGUAAAUCUGAAGGACUUUUCUCCUGUAUAUAGUAUUAUUAGAAUGACUUGAAUGUUUAAGAAUAAUUUCAAGCCUUUGAGUUUCCUUUUCCUUGUGAAACAAACUAACUAACUAACAACCAUCAGAUCCCUUUGGGGGAUUUUGGAACUAAAGACUGCAUGAUAUUUUUGCUAAAAAAGAAAGCGAAAGCUCUUGAGAGAAGAGAUGUCUCAGAGUCUCAUUGGCUUUUUAUUGAUACUCUGUAAUCGGCGUCCUCUACUGCAGCUCAUCAAAUCAGGUGCCUCGUGUGUUCAGGCAUCGGCUGAGGCAAGUCCCUAAUAUCCAGCUUUUUUCCCCCAUCUCCCAUGGAUAACAUACACGGAAUUCUCCGGUUCUACUCUGUAUAGCAAACUUAUUUGGAUUAUGUGUCGUUCCUUGGCUUUUUUCGAGUGACAUUGUUCUCUUUAUGGGACAUCAGCUCUGGUACAAUGCUAGUCUGCAUUUGGGGGCCAUCAGGAUGGGAUGUUAGACCACUGCGUUCCUGCUCAGAGUCAGUGCAAACUUCUCUUCAUUUCUCUACUCAUAUUUGUUUUUAGUGCAGUUCCUUGGGGUAUUUUCAUUAUGGUUAUAAAGAUGAUGAUUAUUGUAAUUAUUAUUUUGCCUUGAAAAUACUGUGAUUUUGGGAGAGUGUCACUUAAAGAUGUUCUAGUUAGUGCAUUAUUAGAAAAAGAGUCAUAGGUAUGAAUUACUCAUUUUGAUUGUUUGAAAAAUAGACAUAUACUGUACAUUUUGUCAUUCAGUAUCCUCAUGGACAUAGUUGGCUAAUAUAAUUUCUUUAACUUCCUCCUAGUGCUUCACAUGCUCUGUAGAUACAGUACUCAUUGCCUCAAAUCCAGCUUCGUGUUCUGUAAGGAAGAAACGAUACCUACAGUGAACGAUUUGAUGUUAUUCCACUAUAAAAAUGUGAGAAAAAAUAUUGUGUAUUAAAAAAGGGAUAUCGCCAUUGUUUAUUUGUUUGAUAGUGAAAUCAACAUAUUAGCCCAUAGUUUGACCUGUAGUUGAAUGUAAUACUCUCUCACUGUAAAACAGUUUUCACCCUGAGAAUGUGGGGUACUGAUAUUAUAGUUCCUAUGAAACGUGCCUGUCUUAAAUUCUAAUGGGUGUGUACUCAAAUGUACUAUUUAGUAACGGUUGUAGUGGGGGGCGGGAUAAGAAGAAGAAAAAAACUCAACCUCUCACACCCAUUAGCUCUGGAAACACAGCAGACCUACCCUCCCUUCAAAUGGUAUGUCUCUGAGGAUCAAAUCCCAAAGAUCAGAAACAUCAGCAGAAUUGGAAAAAAAAUAGGUUUUAAGUUUCUAGGGGCAAGAUAAGAUGCGUGAUAAAUAUAGCCAUGAACUGAAGUGACAACUAAAAAGGCCUAGAAUCCCAAUCUUAUUUUUGGGUUUUGCUCUUAAAGUCACUGCAUUCCAUCUGCUCAGAUCCACUCACUAAUCACUCAGAGUUGAUGCCAUGUUGAUCCACACUGUACCUUUAACGGAGGACCUUGUUUCUCGUUAUUUGGUUCUGCCUAGAGUGAAGAGAAGAGCAAAUGCAUUCAUACAUUUAAACUGCCAUUUAUCUCUGUGUUCAAACUAGUAUUGCAUUGAUUCAACAAUGCAAUGAAUUGCAGUGGAUUCGAAUAUUCAUGCUAAGGAAUGGUUGUGAUUGAAACAUCCAGAGCAUUGUUGAAUCUACUGGGUUUGCAUGGUUAUCAAAUGGCAUGGGAUGACAGAGGGAGGCAAAAUCGCAGGUCAGGAACAGAGGUAGCCAAAAAAAGAGAUGGGGUCCUUUGAACAUUCCAGAGGAUAAGAGAGGAGAGAAUGUUGAGAGCAUCACAGUUACUGACCAAUCUCCUCAGAGCUCACUGAUGGGCUCCCCUAAGUUCUAAGAGCUUCUCUCGCCAACGGCCAGCACACGACAGGAAGGAAACUGACCUCUAACUGGGAACCCCGGGCCCCAGGGAGGACUAGCACAGGACAGGAUGCACCACAGGGCAGAGAGAGGAGAGACAGAAAGAGAGAGACAGACAGAGAGCAUAGUAGAGAUCUUGGAGACUGAUGCUUUUCACCCCAGUAAGUUGGAUCCCACUCCAAUGUUCUACCUGUAGUUGACUGUAAAUGGAACUGUAUCUGGGAUACUGUAGCCACCAGUUACAAUGUUACACCACCAAUGUAUUUAUUUAUUUUACUAGGCAAGUCAGUUAAGAACAAAUUCUUAUUUACAAUAGCCUACACCGGCCAAAC